AUGAAUUCAUCAUUUGAAUCUCUUUCUAUCGAAUUAUUAUUUGAAUUGUUUGAUUAUUUAUCUCCAUUCGAUUUAUUUCGAAUUUUCAUCAAUCUCAAUAAUCGUCUAAAUGCUAUUGUUUAUUCAUAUCCACUUCGAUUGGAUUUUCGAUCAAUCUGUCGAUCAAAAUUCGAUUUUAUUUGUCGUCAUCUUCAACCAAAACAAGUUAUUUCAUUGAUUCUUUGUGAUGAAUAUGUUCCCGAUCGAGUGAAACUUUUCCUUAAUCAUUUUCCACAUUUUAAAGAACAAUUUCUUCAACUUCAGUCUAUAACAUUAAUCGAAGCUGAAACUAUUACUUUCAUCGAUUUACCCGCAUCCGUAUCAUCGCUAUCAAUUAGAAUUUAUGAUGUUGAUGAUUAUUAUUACGAAAAUUACAUUAGUAAAAUCUUAUCUCAACAAGCAAAAGUGUUAACUCAUUUAAAAAUUGAUAGUAAAGAUUUAUAUGAUCUUAUUGACAUUCAUUUUCCAGCUCUUACCUAUUUGAUUAUUAGUGGAGGAUAUUAUUACGAUGGUAACUAUAUCGAUGUGUCUGUUCUAUUAGAGAAUAUCGAUGUUCAUUCAUUAAUUCAACAAUGGCAAUGUUUUCUUACUCAUCUUUAUCUUGUUAUCGAUAAUAAAAUUCAAUAUUCGACAUUUAAUCUUGAUCGAUUCUCUCAUUGUCUCACUCAUCUUACAUUACACUUUUAUCAAGAACCAUUUCGUUCAUUAUUUUGGCUUGAACAACGACAUUGGUAUGUUGGAUGUUAUCAAGAUGAAACAGAGAAAGGCACAAUUAUCUAUUCAAUACCUCGAUUUCAAACACGUACACUUAAGUAUCCUUCAGCUAAAUUUCCACAUAUGACAACAGCACCAUCGAUUAUUGAACAAAACUUUUUCUAUUCAAGCAGAAUCAAUUAUUUCUCUUUUGAUAUGAAUAAAUUAAUUACACCAGUCGAUUAUCGUUUUCAUCAAGUUAAAUCGUUGACACUUUCAGGUUCAUCAUUAUUAUCAUUAAAUAUUCUAUCAUCGAUUGUUGAUCUUCAACAAGUUCAAUAUCUCGAUGUAAGCAACAUUAAUCGUUUGUUACCUAAUGAACUUGAAAAUCUUAUUGCUCAUACUCCUCGUGUCGUUCAUUUAUCAAUGAAAUUCGAUCCAUUAUUCAUUAUACCUUCACAAAUUCGUUAUCUCCUAUUAGAUGGUCUUGGUCGAUCAAUUUCUCUUGACAGACUUUCUUAUACAAUAUCAUCUGUUGAACGGUUGGAAAUAUCCGUGGCAUCAAAACAAAUGAUUAUUGAUGUUAUUGAUCGAUUUAAUGGACUCGAGAAUCUUGAUACAUACUUUGAUGAUGGUGAUCUUGAUGAUGAUUGUAUGACUAUUUAUAAAGGUGUAUCAAUUGAUUGGUUAAUAAAACAUACGCAUCGUCUUAAAUCAUAUGAUUUUACCUGUCGAUAUUCAAGAGAAUUCUAUCCAUCGAUUUACUUGUCAUUUGGUGAUCGACGAAAAGAAAAUGACCAUCAAGAUUAA